AUGGAGCUUGCUGCCAGCUCACCAGACAUAUGUAUUCGCCACGGGCGCCAAUUCCACAAGAGUCAAAGUGGCUAUGGGCUCCCUAACGAUGAAAGAGAGUUUAGGCGCUUAAAUCUUCAGUUCCGAGCAAUUAAACUAAUGGCUGGACCCAAAGAUAUUCUGGAUAUCGCGAGUGGAAGCGGUCUAUGGGUAAUUGAGCUUGCCCACGAGUUCCCUCAAGCCCGGGUCAUUGGAGUGGACAUUAGUAGCCCAGGAAUUUCGAAUCAUGAUAUCCCCGGCAAUGCAUCUUUUUUCAGGAGACAUCAGUACGUCUUGGCAACCAUAGUGUCCAACUCCAAACUAAUAUGUAUUCAAGCCGAGGGUAUCCCAUUUGGUGACUCAUCUUUCGAUGUAGUUCAGAUGAGGAUCGUCCCAAGUAUAACUGAGAGGACUUCAAUUUAUCAGGAGAUUCAUCGAGUGCUACGCCCAGGAGGUAUCAUUCAACUAGUUGAACUAUCUCCACCGAUAUCACGUACAGGAAAACGUCCUCCAGCACUAGAUGAGGCUGACCAAGCAGUGGCGCGUGGUGGAUAUAUGCACGACGAGGAUAAAGACAAAGCACCAUUCGAUAGCGACGGGAAACCCAAGAAAAUUGGUGUCCCGAUUGGUGUAUGGGCCACUGAUAAGGUGGGUCAAGAAGCGGGUCAACUUAUGCAGCGCCAAACCAUAGAACUUUUUAAUGGGUUCCGUCCUAAUCUCAUCGACAUUGGCAGGAUGGAUGAAAGUGAAGUAGAUGAUAUUAUACUUAGGCUAGCCAAGGAACUGGAGGACGGCUCAAAGUGGCAGCUCGAAACUCUAUAUGAUUUCGUCUGGGCUGUUAGGGCCUAA